GAAUUAUAUCAGCGCUGUACCGGAAGUUCCAGGGGUGACAUUAGGACAAACAUUAGAACGGCAUGGGUACUUCUGUAGCAGUACAAUGAUUAAAAAGAUUACCCCUUAAGUCAAAAUAAGACGUUUACAUGGUGUGUUUUAGACAUGGCUUCUUGGACGUAUAGGUUUUUUAGACUUAAAAAUCCUUUUCUUCGUGGAACGCAUGUAUUUAUCAGCGGAACUGGAUCUCCGGCUACAUUAACGCGAACCACUGACAGCAUCGGCGUCCCAGCUGCUCAGUUCGUGAGGACGAUUAAAAGCACGACAUGGUUCGAAGAAAAUCUCACCGAGGACAAUGCGAGCUUCAUGCGGCAGGUCGUGGCGGAGGAUUUCAAGCAGAUGACUGCAGACAAACUUUACCCCCUGAAAGACGAGCCCUGGCCCCGCCAAGAGUGGCAGGAAGGUAGCCGAAGGGUAGGGUUGAUCGCUAUUAAAUUGGGAAUGAUGCCAAUAUGGACUAAGUCGGGUGACAGGCAUGUUGUAACCCUACUUCAGGUAAAGGAUUGUCAUGUUAUUAAACACCUGUCCAAAGAGGAGUAUGACGGCACCAGCACCGCCCUGCUGGUGGGAGGGAAGGACUGCUCGCCGUUUCAUAGGACAGAAGAAUCCAUAGAGUUCUUCCGGAAUGCUGGAGUUCCUCCCAAACAGAAGGUUUCAACAUUCCGAGUCACAGACAAUGCCAUCAUCAAACCAGGCACUCCUCUCUAUGCGGCUCACUUCCGACCUGGGCAGUAUGUAGACGUCACCGCUAAAACGAUUGGAAAGGGCUUCCAGGGUGUGAUGAAACGCUGGGGGUUCCACGGUCAGCCUGCUACCCACGGCCAGACCAAAACUCAUAGGAGACCCGGAUCUCUAGGCCCAGGAGGGGAUCCAGCUAAAGUUUUCAAAGGAACAAAAAUGCCGGGCCAGAUGGGCAAUAAAUUUGAGACAGCAAUUGGCUUAAAGCUAUGGAGAGUAAACAACAGAUAUAAUAUUUUGUAUGUCAACGGUUCCAUUCCUGGACACAAAAACUGCUUAGUGAAGGUGCGGGACACCAGAUUACCAAAGAGGGCCGGUCAGACCAGGGACCUUCCGUUCCCCACAUUCUUCAGAGACGGAGACGAGGAGCUACCGGAGGACUUAUACGCCGACGAUAUGUUCCAGUUUGGAGAGGAGGACGUCACAACAACCUGAGACACACACACACACACACACACACACACACACACACACACACACACACACACACACACACACACACACACACACACAGGGUCGAUCCUCUGUUCCUUCCAUUAGUAGUAAAGGAUGCAGAGGUGUUACUGCAGUCAUUAAAGUGGUUUGAUAAUAA